AGGUAAAGAGGAAAAUGGGAGGGUUCUUCUCGGUUCUGUUUGGCCGCCGUCCGGCGGCGUGGCGCCAGGUCGGGGUGGUCGACGCGAAGGACAUUGACCCGGACGCGCCUACACAGAUCCGAGUGCUUGUUAAACUUGGUCAAUUUUCUAAGCCUGUACCAGUUCAAGUGACAGAAGAUUCUACAGUAGAAUCGGUUGUAUAUUUGGCAUUCUUACAAGAUGAACAGAAGAUAUACGAAUUCAUACCUGUGUAUGAGGGUAAACGUUUGUGCUUGGAAGAAUCUCUGGCGGAUCAAGGCAUUAUCCCUAAUUCUAUAAUUUUGGCAAUGUUUAUGAUUAGCGGUGGUGCUGGAAAGGCAUAUCUUAAACUGGACUAUAUGUCAUUUUUUAGCCGGAUGGCCGAAUUACCGUCCAUAGGUAAAUGGCUCGAAAAAAAAGAAUCAGCAUGGGCAUUAAGUAAGCUUGGGAGACAGACGUUUCAAAAGUUGUUUGAAAUGGUAUCCUUGUAUCACGCGAGGAACAAGUGUUUUGAUGGCACAUUUUGUGAACGGGAUAUCAUAUACGUAGCAUCAGCAGAUAGUUACAUGAUUAUCCGUCACCGGCAUCUUGGAAAUGAAGCCCGUGUGAAGGUUGUUGAUUUCCACUCUGAUGGAUAUAAGAAGGACAUUGAAGCUUUGGGUAGAGUACUUCAAAAGGUGUGCAGUAUGAAGUUGGGAUCUUGGGAAAGAGAGAUAGCUUACGUAGCUCAUUUGCUGAAAAUUAUGAAGGCAAUGCCUUGGGGUGCAGAGUCAUCAGCCACAUUCAAGGCCUUCCUUAGAAAUCACCCUUGCAUGAUGUCAGGCGCCAGUCGUCAAGGACUUAUACUGGAAGUGCAUAGACAUAUAAAGUCUCAGCAUGAUCCUUCGAUGGAACCUGUUCUACGAUCUGGGUAUAGCUGGUGUACGAUCGCUCAGAGUGAUGCUGAUUUCGAUGCAGUAUACUACUAUGGGUGGCGGUCAUUGGCGAGGGGGACUGCAUAUUACGAUAAUGAAAGGUCAUGGUUUACAUUUUGUCGGAAUUUCCUUUCACAUCCCAAUCCAAAUAAGACCAUACAAGAUGCAGAUUUUGCCAUAUGGUGGUACUUUGGUGAUCAUUUAGCGGACUUCCUGUGCCGCCUUUCCUGCACACAUGAGUUUACAGUCAACAUUUUCGACAAAGAUUGUUUUUGCACACACCCUACGGUUGAGGAAGAAUCACAAACUUGCACAUUUCAUUAUGAUGAAGACCCAAACCUUCAGCUUCAACUCAAAAAAGAAGAAGAGCUAAAGCUUCAGCGCCUCCUCGAAAAAGAAAAGCACCAAAAGCAGGACAAUACACAAAGCAGGAGGAAUAAAUCCAAAUGAAGGUGACCUGCUCUGCUCAGUUGAUCGGCAUCCAAAGAAAUGGCGCAUCACUUGGUUGUUGUUCAUGCUGGCCGUGCUCGCUGCCUGCUGCCACCGCGCAGCCAAAACAUUGUCUCAUAUGUCUUUUCUCUGAUCUCUUGUGGACCGAAUUAUUUAAUAUUAUGAUUUAGGACACUCAUAUUGUACUGUUGCAAAUGUACAAUGUCGUUUCACCAUGUUUGUU